GGCCGCGCUCCUAUGCAGAGCGGGCUGCGGAGGUACAGAGAAACUCCCGGAAAGACACGAGCUCUCUUGCGGUUCACGAAGGUUCAUGAGUGUCCCAGGUCUGAGGAGACUGCCAAAGUAACCCGAGCACACAUUUUAGUCUUCUCUACGAAGACUGAGGUAGAACAUCUGUAUUUAAACGCUGGAGAAUGGACCCUGACAUGGCGACGUCGAGCUCCUGUGUUGUGAUUAGCGAUGAGGAGCAGGGCUAUGACCUGGAUCUUUUCUGUAUACCAAAGCACUAUGCUGCUGACUUGGAGAGGGUCUAUAUUCCUCACGGACUCAUCUUGGACAGGACAGAAAGACUGGCGAGGGAGAUCAUGAAGGAAAUGGGGGAACACCACAUUGUGGCCCUGUGCGUGCUCAAGGGGGGUUACAAGUUUUUUGCAGACCUUCUGGACUAUAUUAAAGCUCUGAACAGGAACAGCGACCGCUCCAUCCCAAUGACCGUGGACUUCAUUCGCCUCAAGAGCUACUGUAACGACCAGUCGACUGGUGAAAUCAAAGUGAUCGGUGGGGACGAUCUGUCAACUCUGACAGGAAAGAAUGUCCUAAUUGUGGAGGAUAUCAUUGACACAGGCAAGACUAUGAAGACGUUAUUGCAACUCCUCAAGCAGUACAAUCCCAAAAUGGUUAAAGUAGCAAGUUUGCUGGUGAAACGAACACCAAGGAGUGUCGGCUACCGACCGGAUUUUGUAGGAUUUGAGGUCCCUGACAAAUUUGUGGUAGGAUAUGCGUUAGACUACAAUGAGUACUUCAGAGACCUGAAUCAUAUCUGUGUCAUUAGUGAAACGGGGAAGGAGAAGUACAAGGCAUGAGAAGCUGCAGCACACUUCUUAAUGUAUUGCUGUUGAUUUUUUUCCUUUGCAAUUAAUUUUAUAUUUGAUUACUUCAUAUUGGGUGAUUAUAAAAUGCUGAGCCUGCUCAGGGUCCCACAGAGGAGGUGGUCCUGCUUCUGUGCUUCCAUCGCUGCACAAGAAAACUGAUGAUUGCCUUAGAAACGAGCCCACCCUAAAUUAGUAAUGCUUUAUGUUGCCACACUGAUAUGUUUUAUGUUAUUUUUUUAAUUGAGUAAUUUAUUUAGAGAAAUGCUGCUACCGUAAAGUAGAAGUUAGUAAUUGAUGCGCUACCAAAAGAUUUUCAACCUCUUCUUUUAAAAGAAACAUUGCUUUGUAUUAUAAAUCAGCUUUUGCCAGAAUCUUUCUGUAGCUGCUUUAUCUGCACUCUUACAGAAGAUGGAACAUUUCUUUCACAUCUUUUGUCAAUUUUUGGACAAAACCUGAACUGCUUUUCGGUACUAGCCUAUGCACGAAGACUUUCUCUGAAAUGCAUAUAGCUGUAAAAUCACCUUAAUGUUUACUGUCAUCCCUAAUGGGCCUGCUAACGAUGAAAUAUCACUCUGUUGGAGUGUAAGGGUCCUCUUCACAUCUUUUAAUCUAAUAGGUGGGGAGCCUUUAAAUGCUGGGAGACGUCCUAAGUUUACAGAUGAAAAAUAUUGAAUCUGAAAUGUACCUGUCCCUGAAACAGAUCGAGCCAACCUGUUGUUUUUGCUAUUGUUCAUUUCUGCUGUUAUGCUGAACCUUUCAGCGCUGACUAUUAAAUGUUUCACCCCCCUCCUA